CGUUGACCGAUGACGAAUCGGUCAUUUUUAUGCAGCCCCCAAUUCAUCGCGUCAACAAAAUGGGUUCCGCGAGUUUAUAUUUUUCUGCACAUAUUGCACUUGUUCCUUUUCAUUAAAAUGUUGGUUUGAAGAGAAAUAGAAGGUCGCGUGACGUUCUAGCGUCUGUAUAAAUAAUCCGCAGUGCACACUUCAAAAGGUCAAUUUCCAGGAUUGGUCAUGAAAAUUACAAGUUUCCUCGUUGUUGCAGGGCUUGUUUUGGCGAGUGUGGCGGGCCAGCAGGGGAACUCCUCUGACAAAAUCUCCAGGUUUAUCUAUGAUAGGUGUCGGGUUUAUAGCACAGACGCUUCGGCUUACGAUGAUAUAAAGACCCAUUUGGGGCAAUUUGGCGAUUAUCUUUCGUACGCUGCGAGUUUAUUGCCCAAUGGUAAGGAGCAGUUCUGCAACGACGAAAGGCCCACACUGGCCCGUCUAGCCGCCCAGCUUGCCCAUGAUGUCAAACCGUGUUUGCCCAAAGACGAGAAGUAUUUGCCCAAGUUCAUGGUUGAAAGCUUCACCUCAUUUCUCGACUUUGUGUGUUCCCAAAGAACCAUCGAAAAUUUCUUCAGUACCCAAGGGGCAGAUUGCCGCCAAAACUUGAAACUCAACCAAGAGGGGCAACAAGUUGGAAACUGCUUUACUAAACUAUUCGCUCGGUUUAGCGACGUGGUCCGGAAAGACGACCUGUGCCUUGACUUAAAAGCGUCCAAGAAGUGCUUCAGUGAGGCGAUAGCCCGUAGUUGUCCCGAUUUCGCCGCUUUUGAGUCGUUAAACAACCGAUUUUUCCAAGCAAUUCGCAAACCCUGUAACUCAGCUAUUUCCAUUGGCUUCAGCAGCGUUCUACUCCUCCUAGCAUCAUUCACUUCAACCAAGCUAUUCUCAUAGUUAUUAUAUUAUCCCUCCACGUAUUAUAAAUGUUAUUUUUGUUAUAAAUGUACGAUAAAUAAAUAAAUAAGUAGAA